GCUGACAUUGCUGACAUUGCUGAGGUUGAAUAUUUCUUCUUAUCUCAGAAAACCUAAUGCAGGGUGGAAGAUUGACAGAAAGAGGAACCAUGUCGGGUAUGGAGUUUACUGGAUCGUCUGUGGGUGGAACACCACCAGAUCCAAAUCCAAACCCACAUGCAAACCUGGGCUUCCUAACCCUAACCAUCACCUUCUCCUCCACCUCCCUCCUCCCGGCCACCCCCGAGAUCGCCAGCGAGUUCCACACGACCACCGAAACCCUCGACAUCACCAACGCCGGCGUCCUGCUCGCCAUGGGCUUCAGCUCGCUGAUCUGGGGGCCCCUGAACAAGCUCCUGGGCCGACGCAUCGCGUACAACAUCGCCAUCCUGGUGCUGGUGGCCGCGUCGGCCGGCACGGCCGUCGCGCGCGAUAUGAGGACAUUUACGGCCCUGAGGGUGUUGGGCGGGUUAACGGGUACGGGGUUUAUGGUUACGGGGCAGACGGUUUUGGCGGAUGUUUUUGAGCCGGUUGUCCGUGGCACAGCGGUGGGAUUGUUCAUGGUGGGUACGGUGGCCGGGCCGGCGAUUGGCCCCUGCAUCGGCGGCAUCAUCGUCACCUUCUCCAGCUGGCGCAACAUCUACUGGGUGCAAGUGGCCAUGUCGGGCUUCGGGCUGGUGAUGUCGCUGCUCUUCGUGCCGGAGAUUCCCUCUGCGGACGCAAAGGCUGCAGAAACAGACACGGAUGCAGACACGGAUGGAGAGACACAUGCAGAUGCAGAUGCAGAUGCAGAUCUCGAUCUCUCCGAGAAACCCACCACGAAGAAACAGAAGCAAAAGGUGUCUUGUCGUGAACUCCUCUCCGCAUUCAACCCCGUCCGCGUGUUUCGGUUAUGGGUGUAUCCUAAUAUCUUCCUCGCUGAUCUAACAUGCGGCCUCCUCUCCACCUUCCAAUACAGCAUCCUAACCUCCGCGCGCUCGAUCUUCAACCCGCGCUUCCACCUCUCCACCGCGCUGGUCAGCGGGCUCUUCUACCUCGCCCCAGGGGCCGGGUUCCUCGUGGGCAGCGUCCUCGGGGGCCGCUUAUCCGACCGCAUGGUCAAGCGGUGGAUCGUCAAGCGGAAUGGCGUGCGACUGCCCCAGGACCGUCUGAAUAGCGGGCUGAUCACCCUGCUGGGCGUGUUGCCUGUCGCGGCGUUGGUGUAUGGCUGGACCCUGCAGGAGGGGGUCGGCGGGAUGGCGGUGCCCAUUGUGGCGGCUUUCUUUGGCGGAGUGGGGCUGAUGGGGAGUUUUAAUGGGCUGAAUACUUAUGCGGCUGAAGCCCUCCCCCACCGCCGCUCGGAGGUCAUCAGCGGGAAGUACAUCAUCCAGUAUCUCUUCUCGGCGGGGAGUAGUGCUGCUGUCGAUCCGUUGAUCGGGGCAAUUGGUGUGGGGUGGACGUUUACUAUUUGCGUCUUCUUCUCCCUCAUCGGAGGCGUCCUGGUCAUUCUAAUUACCCGGAAGGGACUGGAUAUGCAGCGGUGGGUGGAGAGACGGAUCGGGGUGCAGGGAUGAGAUUUCUAUCCGGGUUGGUCCUGAGAUUUGUGAUUUGAGGGAGAGUGGGAUUGAGGACGGACGGACUACGGUUAUGC